AGACAACGCAACGAACCCAGCCAAACCUCCUCAUCGGUCUCGGUCUCGACCUAUCUAUAUCGAGAGAAAAUAUCAUCACGGUGGCGGUGGAUACUCGCUAGAUAUUUUCCCAUCUCCCCCGCAUCUUCCAGGCCCCUUUUCCCCCGCCUCCUCCCCCGUAUCUACACGGCGUUGAACUUGAGUUUGACCCCCUCGCCUUCUCUCCCGUGACAAUGGAGACGGAACUCCAGGCGCAGAUUCCCGGUCUCGACCGCGUCAUCUCCCAAUACUCCGUAGGCUAUCUGACUCACGCAUCCAAGGCCUAUGUGGAAGAUGCCAAUGCUCCGUCGCCGCUAGCCGAGGCCGCCGAUCUGGUCACCGAACUUCUAGUCUCCGCUUCGGGCGACUUCACCCCCGAGAAUGAGAAGGCUAUUCGCAAUCUCGUCGAGAAGUUCAUUUCCUCGCUGAGUGCGUCCGAUGGGGUUGAUGCGGAGCGUCGUCAGAUGCCGUUCGCUGCUAAACGGCUCGAUCAGGCUAUCAAUGUCGGCUCUCAGAGGAAUAUGUCCUCUACGCUGGGCCUGGCGGGAGGUAAUGUUGAUCUGGAGUCGGCGAAUGCCAGAAAGGUCGAGUCGCGGGUCGACCGCAAGAAGCUGGAGAAGGCGGAGCGCAAGAUUCGUGCUAAGCAGGAGAAGAAGCAGAUGAAGACGGUGCAGUAUGAAUCGUCGCGUCUGCUUAACCAGCCUGAUAGUACUAUGUCGUACGAAGAGUUCUUCAUGGCUGUCAAUCCUCUUCAAUUGGGCUCGGACUCGCAGUCUAAGAGUAAGGAUAUUAAGGUGGACAGCAUUGAUAUCUCGGUUGGUGGCCUUCGUAUCUUGACGGAUGCUUCGCUCUCUCUGGCGUAUGGUCGUCGCUAUGGUCUCGUGGGUCAGAACGGUAUCGGAAAGAGUACGCUCCUGCGUGCGCUCAGUCGUCGAGAAGUGGCUAUUCCGAGCCAUAUCUCUAUUCUCCACGUCGAGCAGGAAAUCACGGGCGAUGACACCCCGGCACUUCAAGCCGUCCUCGAUGCAGACGUGUGGCGCAAGCGUCUCCUUGCCGAUUUGGAAAAGAUCUCCAAGCAGCUGGCGGAGAUCGAAGCCGAGAGAUCUUCCAUGGCGGACACGUCCAAGGAUGCUGCCAGACUGGACCAUGAACGCGAGGGUCUGGACAUCACAUUGAACGACAUUCAUGCCAAGCUCGCCGAAAUGGAAUCGGAUAAGGCAGAGUCUCGUGCCGCCAGUAUCCUGGCCGGUCUGGGUUUCUCGGCAGAGCGCCAGCAGUUCGCCACGAAGACCUUCUCUGGUGGUUGGCGAAUGAGAUUGGCUCUCGCCCGAGCCCUGUUCUGCGAACCCGACUUGCUUCUACUGGACGAACCGUCCAACAUGUUGGACGUGCCGUCUAUUACUUUCCUUUCCAACUACCUUCAGACAUACCCCAGUACCAUUCUGGUUGUUUCUCACGAUCGAGCGUUCCUGAACGAAGUAGCCACCGAUAUCAUGCAUCAACACUCCGAACGACUGGAUUACUACAAGGGCGCCAACUUUGAUUCGUUCUACGCCACCAAGGAGGAACGGAAGAAGAACGCGAAGCGCGAAUACGAGAAACAGAUGGCCGAGCGCGCCCAUCUCCAAGCAUUCAUUGACAAAUUCCGCUACAACGCAGCCAAGUCAUCCGAAGCACAGUCCCGAAUCAAGAAACUGGAGCGAAUGCCAGUUCUGGAGGCCCCCGAGAGCGAUUACGUCGUGCAUUUCAAGUUCCCCGAUGUGGAGAAGCUUUCCCCUCCCAUUGUGCAGAUGACCGACAUCGCUUUCGGAUACACGCCGGACAAGCCCCUUCUCCGAAAUGUGGACCUGGACGUGCAGCUCGAUUCGCGUAUCGGAAUCGUCGGACCCAACGGUGCUGGUAAGACCACCGUCCUGAAGUUGCUCACCGGCCAGCUGCAGCCCACGGCCGGUUUACUUUCACAACACGCCAGAUUGCGAGUCGGUUACUUCGCGCAACAUCACGUGGACGCGCUGGAUCUCACGACCAGCGCGGUGAGCUUCAUGGCCAAGACCUAUCCCGGAAAGACGGACGAGGAAUACCGCCGACACCUGGGUGCCUUCGGUAUCACGGGCAUGACUGGUCUGCAGCGGAUGGAGCUCCUGUCCGGAGGUCAGAAGUCCCGUGUUGCCUUUGCGUGCUUGUCGCUGACGAACCCGCACAUCCUGGUGCUGGACGAACCGUCCAACCAUCUGGAUAUCGAAGGUAUGGAUGCGCUGUCGGAGGCGCUCCAGAACUUUGAAGGAGGUGUCGUAAUGGUCUCCCACGACGUAACCAUGCUCCAGAACGUUUGCCGGAGUCUCUGGGUGUGUGACAAGGGCACCGUGCACAAGUUCGACGGCACCGUCAAUGCCUACAAGAAGCUGAUCAGCUCCCAGGCCAACGAGGCUGGAGUGGCCGCGCCUCACUAAGCGGAAUGCAUCACGCGCCGUAGUAAUGACAAAAUGUUAUGGACCCUAGCUCUGCACAUCGAUCCUGUAGAACUGAAUUUGUCUUCGGAUUGGGUGGAGAUGAGGUGGCGGUCGCAUCCUCUCGCCCACAAGCUUCGCCCCCAUCGAUGCUCCUGUAUCUAGCAGCUCCCUGUAGUAGCAGA